AUGGCCAAACCAAUAUUCUGUGCCACGCACCCACGUGCAUGCAGCACAGCCUUUGAACGUGUUCGCUCCAGCCUGGCCCUGUUCUGGGUAUUCAUGACCAGGAAAGACUUGACCUGUGUCCAUGAACCAUUUGGCGACGCUUUUUAUUAUGGUCCGGAGAGGAUGAGCGUUCGCUAUGAAAACGACGAAGAUGCGAGAAAUGCAUCGGGGUAUAGGGACUCGACCUACAAGACAAUAUUUGAUCGACUAGAACACGAACGAGCCAAGGGCAAACGCGUCUUUAUCAAGGACAUCCUUCAUUAUCUAGUUCCUCCCGACCAGCAGCCACCAAAAUUGGCACCUUCGUUGCAGCCAGUCAAGCGCGGCAUCGGAACCGAGAAGCCGAGCCAUGGGAUGAAUGGGGUCAACGGUACCAAUGGCGUGAACGGGGCCUAUCAUGUCAACAGCGUCAAUGCACCGUUUCCAUUCCCGACAGAAGGCGAGCCAGGUAAUCCUACAGUUGUCCCAAAAGCCUUGCUCGACAAGUUCCAUUUCACAUUCCUCAUCCGGGACCCCCAUUCCAGCAUCCCGUCUUAUUAUCGCUGCACCAUCCCACCAUUGGAUGACAUUACGGGAUUCCACGAGUUCUAUCCCAAUGAGGCAGGGUAUGAUGAGCUUCGACGCUUUUUUGAUUAUGCCCGAGAGGCUGGGUUGAUAAGAGACAGAAAAGAUGGAGUCAAGAACGGGGUAGAGAAUGGUCAUGUUGCGAAUGGCACUGCCAAAGUGCCUGAAGUGUGUGUGGUUGACGCGGACGAUUUGUUGGAUGAUCCGGAGGGUAUUCUCCAAGCUUACUGUCAGAGCGUGGGGCUUGAUUUCCACCCUGACAUGCUGAAUUGGGACAAUGAAGAGGAUCAGAAGCGUGCAAAGGCUGCAUUCGAGAAAUGGAAGGGGUUUCAUGAGGAUGCGAUCGACUCGACAGACCUCAAGCCGAGAACUCACAAGAAAGCACCAAAAACCGAAGAACAGUGGGAUGCCGAAUGGAAGGAGAAAUAUGGAGAGAAGGCCGCCAGGGUGAUCCGGAAGACUGUCGACGACAAUAUGGCCGAUUACUUGUAUCUGAAACAGUUUGCCUUGAAGCCAUGA